UUCAAUUUUGUGCUGAUUUGUAACAUAUUUAAGCAUUCGAUUUUUAUUUAAUUUGUUAAAGACGUAUUAAGAGUAUUGUGGUUUAAAGUAUAAAAUUAUAUUGUUAGCAAUAGGGAUUUUCAGAUAUUUAUAAUAAGUAAUCUUACUGUGAAUAUUUUACAAAAUUUCGUAAUAUUUGAUUAAAAUUGGUGGAAAAUGUUGGUCUCAUUAUGUCGGAGGAACUCAAUAGUGAUGCGUCUAUCAGCCGCACUACACACGGAAACCGCACAGAAACCUAAAACUGCUAUAGUUAUGUUGAAUAUGGGUGGACCUCAAACUGUAGACGAGGUGGGCGCUUAUUUACAUCGUAUUAUGACUGAUCGUGAUAUGAUCCAGUUACCCGUUCAGAGCAGAUUAGGACCCUGGAUAGCAAGUAGACGGACUGAUGAAGUAAAGAAGAAAUAUAUGGAAAUUGGUGGAGGUUCACCUAUAUUGAAGUGGACUAAUUUACAAGGUAGCAUGUUAACAAAAGCUCUAGACCAAAUGCUUCCUGAAUCAGCACCUCAUAAACAUUACGUCGCGUUUAGAUAUGUGCCACCCUUCACCGAUGAGACAUUUGAGCAAUUGGAGAAGGACGGUAUUGAGAGGGCAGUGAUAUUUUCUCAAUAUCCUCAAUACAGUUGUGCUACUACUGGCUCCAGUUUGAAUGCUAUUGCUGACUUUUAUAGGAAAAGACAAAUACCACAAAAUAUAAAAUUCAGUAUGAUUGAACGUUGGCCGACACAUCCUUUAUUAGCUAAAGUAUUUACUGAAAGAAUUAAAGAGAAAUUAGAAAAAUUCGAUUCCAGUUUAAGGAAUGAUGUAUUAAUUAUGUUUACAGCACAUAGUUUACCUUUAAAAGCGGUAUCCCGUGGUGAUACCUACCCUCACGAAGUGGCAGCAACUGUAGCUGCUACAAUGAAUGAGUUGAAACUACCCAAUCCUCAUCGUCUCGUGUGGCAAUCGAAAGUUGGACCGUUGCCAUGGUUACAGCCGUACACAGAUGAUGCUAUCAAGGCGUAUUCUAAACAAGGAAGGAAGCAUUUAAUUUUAGUGCCAAUUGCAUUUGUCAAUGAACAUAUAGAGACAUUGCAUGAAUUGGAUAUUGAAUAUUGCGAGGAACUUGCUCAUGAGGCUGGUGUAAUACAGAUAGAAAGAGCAUCAGCACCAAAUGACCAUCCAAUAUUCAUUGCUGCUCUUGCGGAUGUGGUCGCCAAGCAUCUUACCAAUGGUCCCAGGGUGUCGAAACAGUUCUUAUCCAGAUGCCCGCAUUGUGUCAGUGAAAGAUGUAAAUCGUCUAAAGAAUUCUUUAGGAAAUUAUGUUCGCAAAGUUCAUUAAAAGAUCAAACUUAUGCUUGAAAUUUUAAUAAGAAUCAUAUUCAUUGUAAAAAAAUAAAUAUAUAAAAAUUAAAUAUUU